GUUGGCCCCAUUUCCAAAUCGGCGUCAUGACAUCGAUGACGCUCUCACGCGAAGUGCUCUUUGCCGCUGCGACGCUCGUCACGGUCCUUUCGUCCGGCGGCCUCAUCCUCGGAUUUGGCCCCGUGUACACACGCCUGGUGAGCGAGCACCAAUGGCACGAGCUUUGCCCGCUUCAUAUGACGCGCGUCUGCCCCGAGCAAGAGGUCCAGCUACAGAACGUCUACUCGACGGGGUUUCUCUGCGUCGUGCUCGGCCAAGCGGUUUUUGGCGCGACCCUCGACAUCGUUGGACCUCGCUACACGUCAACGAUCGCAGCCAUUUUUACGAUCGCUGGCAACCUUUGCCUCGCGAUCGGCGACUCGCGCGACGGCCUCCUCCUCACCGGCUAUGCUCUCGUGGGCUUUGGCGGUAUGGGCGUCCUCUUCGCGUCCCUCCAGCUCUCGGAACUAUUUGCGACGCCGUCCAUCUACUGCGGCAUCCUCGUCGCUGCCUUUUACGCUUCGGGCUACGUGUACGUGUUGCUCGAACUGCCCAUUGCGCGCGCCACGUUCUUCCACGUUUAUGCCGGGCUCGUCGCCCUCUGCGCAGUGCUUUGCUUUGUGCUUUACCCCGUCGAACACGUCUCGGCGGUCGCUGCGUCGGUGCAGAUUCCUGGUCUUGCCUUGGGCCGGCCCCAUGCAAAUUUGUCCAAAUUCCGAGGCCUCUACGCUAGCUUCAAGCAGCAGAUGCGUCGUCGGGACUUCUGGGCAUUUGUUUCGAUCGGGGCGGUCUUGACGCUCACCAAUGUCUUUGUCGGCGGAGCGAUUCCCAACAUGGUCAAGCGUCUAGCACCAAAUGACCUCGACAAGCAAAACACGUACACCAACUACGUGUACCCGCUCGUCUCGAACGCGUCCUUCCUCUUUGCGCCACCCAUGGGCUACCUCAUUGACCGCGUGGGCUUUCGCAAGGUGGCUGUCUUGACGAUCCUCGUGUUUGCUUUGCUCUGCGGCGCCAUGAUGCUGCCGUCGCUUCACGGCCAAGUACUCGGGUAUCUUCUUCUGGCCCUCGGCGUCGGGGCGCUCACGUCAAUGCAAUACGCCUACAUCAUGGCAUGCUUUCCCAGCAAACUCUACGGUCUCCUCUCAGGCACGGCAACGCUGCUCGUCUUUAUCUUUUGUCUUCUGAGUUAUGCACUCACGCCGCUCGCCCAGCAUACGUUUGACGGCAACAACAACUACGUCCUCCUCCUUUUGCUGGCACCGACACUUGCCGUGCUGCUCCUCGUGCGCUUCUUUUAUGAACCUACCGAGUGCAAUGAGCUCCACACACAGCUGCUAUCCCCGACCCGUGCAGCGCCUUCCGCGGGCCACGAUGACGCCGAGGUAUAAAGCUCAUCGAUUGAACUGUCGAAUUCUUGGAUGCAUCUUGUUUUUCGCUUCCGCAGUUUCGAUUGCACGUGAGAAUGAGGCCAAGAUGAAUGAAUGCAAUGGGCAGAGCUGUCGGCGUAUCCAGGCGUUGCGAACGACGCCACCGAAUCCUAUGAACGGAAUGGUUUCCUCCUCGU